AUGGGGAAUACUUGCAAGAGCUGCUGCGGAGAAGCCGCAGACUCCCAAUUGGAGAUCGAGACGCCAGAAAACGGUUCCAAGGCUGCAUCGCCGCCGGAAGAUUUGCCUAAACGCUACAGUCCUGAGUUCCUGGAGAGGCUUCACAAAGGCUUAACCAUCGGACUCAUUUUGCAGGACAAGUCGCGUCUCGACUGCAUGGUGAAGCUGACCGAAGGCAACUCCGCAAUUGAGUUGUCCUGCGAACGCAAAUCUCGAGUGGUAAAACUCUCGGGGAUUCGCAACAUUCUUUACACGGCAGAACAACUCAGGCGGGUGGACUGCUCGGCGGGGAUUUCCAAGAAUGACUUCUGCGUCGCCCUCCAUUUGGUCACUUCGGGGAAUUGCAUCCCUCUCUUUUUCUCGAAUCCUGAGGACCGUGACUGCUUCGUACUCGUUCUGCAGGAGCUGAGAAAUUCCUCUGCACCGCCUUCAGGCCCCCCUUCUUGA